CAACACCAAACAUCAACACCGCUCUUUCUCUGUUCGUUCUGACGUGAGACAGCCAACAUGGCGCGUUUCAACACACAUCUCUCGGCCGCCCCCCAGCAGACUCGGUCCUCGACUGUCGACUCGCUCUAUCGCGACCCCUCAGUCGCGCCUCGCCAUGCAAGCAACACGCGCGGCUCGACUUACUCUUUCAUGAGUCCCUCGCAAUCGUCCGACAAGGAGAACAUGGACGCGGAAUCAUGCGAGAGCACGCCGCAACCAGCGAAACGAAAAGGCCUCAGUAACGCGUCUGGACGUAUCCCCACGCCUGAUACAGGCUCCACUACUGGCGGCGCAGGCAACAAGCGCAGAAGGACCGGUGACUACAGCAUGAACGGUGCGCCCGAGAUCUACGAGGAUGAAGGCGAAGAGGCGGAAGAGGAUGAGCAGUUGGGCCAACCACAGCAGUGGAGAGAGGCGACCACACAGUCCGGAGAGGAGGAGGACGGCCAGAGCAAGCUAUACAAUCCUAAUCAGGAUCCUGAGAAGCGCCGGGAAGUCCGCUACCAGCUGCGCGAACACCAUCGUCAGUUAGAGGAGAAUCGCGGCGAGUUCGUCAAGUCCAGGAACAAUGGCUUGUUCGAGCUCCUCAGGAGGAACGAUGCAACUUUCGGCAAGGUACGACAAACGGCAGAUGCUACCGUGGACUCGAGAUUCCUCGUCACCGCAACGGAGCUUGCGAACACAAAGCUCCAGAACAGUUUACAUGGCAGCGGUGGCGCCGGUGUUGAUCUUGACCAGUUCGUGUCAAAAUGCAUAUACUUCAUGAAGUCUGGCGGCUACAGACACGGCGAGGAGGAGGCGCCGGCGAUAGCGGUCGCAGAUGAGGAAGAGGAGGACUCGGGCGAUGGUCUUGACUGGGCCUUGUUCGGGCGACAAGCUUGCUUCCCCAGCAACAGGCGACCACCUGUAUCGAGCUUCCUCCUUGGGCCUUUGUCUGUCCAGAAGCGCGUCAGAACCACGCAACGGCGAGCCACACAAAGAAGAGCGCCUGUCGGCCCUGCGACGCGACCGCAAGAGGUCAGGGAGGGCGACAUCAUGCAGUCUGAGAACUCCAAUCUCACCCAUCUCGUCAAAGGUAUCAAGUCGAAGCUGGAAAGCCACCUGGACGCCGCAGCGCAGGCCGCCAGCGACGAACUCGAACAAAUACCCGAAGGCGAAACAACGGAUGAGGAUUACGCCGCUGCGUUCGCCCGACAUCGCGUUGCCCAGACACCGGACGGUGAACCUGCAGUCCACUUGUUCGAUUUCGCCAUCAAUCCACGCGACUUCGGGCAAACGGUCGAGAACUUGUUCUAUGUAAGCUUCUUGGUGAGAGAAGGGAAUGCACAGAUCGUCAAAGACGACGAUGGUCUGCCAUUGCUCGCACCUGCAGCACCACGAGGCGUCUCAGAGCAACGAGAUCAGGGUGCGCAGAAGCAUCAAGCUGUCUUCAGCAUUGACUACCCAGUGUGGCAGAUGUUCAUAAAAGCGUACGACAUCAGAGAGCCCCUGAUACCGCACCGCGUACAGGAGGAGGACAACGGCGGUGCUCGAUGGUACUGACCUUGGCAACACUCCACACUCUUCAAUUCGCUACGUUAUUCGCGCUUAGCGCUGUUUCUUACGUCUUUUUGGAACCUCGGCCAUCGCACCGAUGGGCAUAUUGGCCAGCUCUGCAUCUCCGGCGCAACGUUUUGGCUGUCUAGCACGGCGCACGAGUUCUUUGGAUGAUAUCACGAUGGGUGGCUUCUUCACGCCCUUUAGCUCUUUAUUUCUUCUGAUACCCCAGAUUUCAUACUCAUCUUAUCAGGGCUUUAACAUGGCCUAUAUAAAGGAUCGAUGGGUGGCUCUUUGCAUCGUAAUACCAGGCAUGAUAAGUUUGA